AUGUCGGCGGCAGCCGCGGCCGCAGCUGCCGCGCCGCGCACGCCUGCUGCCGGUCGCAUGCCGCCGCCGCCGCCGCAGGCACCGCCGGCGCCGCCGCCGGCUGCGUCGCCUCGCGAGCAUGCAGAGGGGGCGAGCGGUGAUGCCGGCAGCGAGGUGAGCGAGGACGACGCGUAUGACAUGACAUCAUUCCUGCGGCGCCAGCAGCAGCAGCAGCAGGAGCAGCAGCAGCAGGAGGAGCACGGGGAGCAGCAGGCGGGGGAGCUGGAGCAGCGGGAGCAACAGGCUGCGCGGGAGGAGGGACAGGAGGGCAGGGGCCAGCAGGAGGAGGAGCAGGAGGGGGAGCAGGCAGGCGUCGAGUUGGAAGAGCAGCAAGGCAUUGGGGAGGGGGGCGGUGGCACCGGCAGCCCAGACGAGCGGGACGAGCAGGGGGCGUGGGAGGCGGAUGAUGCCGCGGCGUUUGCGGCGUUCGGCAGCGGCAGCAGCGACGGCAGCGACGGCGGCGACGGCAGCAACAGCGGCGGCAGCAGCGGCAGCGGGAGCGACGAGGAGGAGGCGGCCCUGGCGGAAGCUGAGGAGAAGCUGAUGGGGGAGCCGGGGCAUGGCGGCGCGCGCCGGCGCGCGCGGCCGGGGGAGUCCCCGGGGCCGAGCACCCCGGCGAUUGCAAGUGGCGCGGCCGCGGCCGCCGUUGCGGCGGCGGGGCCGCCGCUGAGCCGGGGGUCAAAGGUGCUGCUCAGCUUCAGGCUGGAGAAGAUGGGCCUCACGGAUUCCGAGGUCGGCACCGAGGGCGCCAAGGCUGUGCUGGGGGCGGUCCCAGUCGCGCGGCCGCCCGGGCUGAAGCCCCUGUGGCUGCGGCUGGAGUGGAACCAGGUCGAUGCCGCGGAGCUGACGCGCUUCAUUGCACAGGAGUGCGCCCCCCGCGGCCUGGUGGUGGAUGUGGCUGAGGAGGUCAAGGCUGCGGAGAGGGCGGCGCACGACAAGGCGCUCAAAUGGAACCUGCACCACAGGGCGGUGGGUGGCUGGAGGAUGGCUGACGGGCCAAGGAGCGGGCAGGAUAGCUGA